CAGGAAGAGAAGGAAACACAUGCCAGGGUAAGGAGCAGGGAGGAAGGACGGAAGACUUCAGUCUGAACAGUGUGAGGUGAUUGAAGCCCCCUGCUGACCGGCGACGAUGGCACUUCCUGUCCCUUUCUUGUCUGACGACCAGUUCACCUGCUCCAUCUGCUUGGAGGUCUUCGACAACCCCGUCUCCACGCCGUGCGGACACAGCUUUUGUAAGAGCUGCAUCUCCUCUUACUGGGAAGGAGCCGGAGGAGGUGCCAAGACGUACCAGUGCCCCAUGUGUAAGGAGUCGUUCCGGAAGCUGCCAGAUCUGCACAUCAACCACACCCUGAAGGAAAUCACCGAGCGCUACAAGGAGGUGACCAAGGAGGUAGCAAUGAUGGACUCCACUCCACCUCCUUCACUACAUCACCUCCAAAGACGCAGCACCCUCACUCUGGUCCAGAAGCCGGGAGAAAUGCCCCAGGGCAUCUUUACCGAGUUGAUGACCCGGUUUCAGCAGCUCAAUCCCGCUGAACCUCAGAACCCAAACGAAAACAAAGUCAAAGGUCGUCUGGCGCGCCAAUCACAAAGUUUAGACCACAGUCUGGAGCACACAGCUGCGAAUAGACUCUCUCUGUGCAGCGCCGACCCCGCCCUGAUGAAUGUACCUCUAUGUCCAAUUCACACGAGAGGCCUGGAAUACUUCUGUCGCACCGACAAUUCCGUCAUUUGCGGUCUUUGUGUGGAAACAACUGAACAUUCUGGACACUGCAUCCUGCCAGCACAAAGGGAGUGGCUCAUCAAGAAGUCCCAGUUGGGAAUCCAAGAAUUGGAGGUGAAGAAUCUGAUCUGUGCCCGAGAAAGCAAGGUGGACGAAAUCCACAGCUGCAUCCAACAAAUCCAGGCUGCUGCAGAAAAAGAAACACAGGAAGCAGUUAGUGCCUUUUCUGCACUGAUAUCCAGCGUGGAGCGCUGCCAGACUCAGGUCUUAGAGAUGAUCGCGAUGAACCACCGAGCAGCUGAGCACAAAGCACAGACUCUUCUGAAAGAACUGCAGGACGAAAUCUCUGCGCUGAAGGGACGCAGCGACGUACUGAGCGAGUUGGCGGUUUCUGACGACUGCUUCCACUUCCUGAAGAUAUCCGCUGCUCUGUCGGUUCCUCUUCAGUCCAAAGACUGGACCAAUGUCUCAGUGUCAGAACCGAACACAGGGCAGAUUCUCAGAAGUGUGGAGUCAGUCGUGGAGCGUUUUCAAGAGGAGGUGAAGAAGCUUCCGGAAAUCUACCACAGAUCCAUGACAGAACAAACCGUCAGCAGAGUUAUUCCAAAAACAAAGAGGGUUCAGGAAUAUGCAGCUGACGUCACCUUAGAUCACAGAACUGCACAUCCUCGUCUGGUCAUCUCUGCCGAUGGGAAGCAGGUUUUCUGUGGAGACCGCCAGCAGGUGGUACCAGAAUAUCCAGAGCGUUUUGAUCGGGUGGUGUGUGUUCUGGCCCACCAAGGCUUCAGCUCUGGAAGACACUACUGGGAGGUGGAGGUCGGAGGUAAAACCGACUGGGAUCUCGGAAUUGCGAGCUGCUCUGUUAAUCGCAAAGGAAAAAUCACUGUAAGCCCCUCCCACGGUUAUUGGUUCCUCAGUUUGCGGGACAGAACCGAGUAUGCAUUCCGCACGGAACCGUCAACCAACAUCAGCGUCACUUCCCGGGCGUCCCGGAUCGGAGUCUACGUGGACUGUGACAAAGGCCUAUUGUCCUUCUACAACGUGGAGGCCCGCAUCCUCAUCUACACCUUCACUGAUAAGUUUCCGGACACCAUCCACCCGUUCUUCAGCCCCUGUACGAACAAGUCAGGAAGAAACCAGGCUCCACUCAUCAUCUGCCCCCCCACAGUGACAGAGUGAGUGAGGUUAAAGGUUAGAGAGUGUUUACGUUUAUGAGUGAAGUAUCGUGGAACCUUAACAGUGUUCAGUAAAAACCAACCAACCAAAAAUAAGUCAAUGUCAAGUGAGGCAUGGUGUUCUGUUGGAGAAACUAUAUAUUUUUACAAAUUGUUGUUUAUAUCCUUUUGUACAUCUCAUUAUUUCUCAUUUCUUCUUUUGGAAUCAUUUGGCCUCCAACACUGUUGUCAGUCCUUCUGCUAGUUGUCCAGAGUUGUUUGGUGUGUGUACUGUGUACUGUGUACUGUGUACUGUGUACUGUGUACUGUGCUUACUGGUUGUCACCUGUCAUAUAGUUAUUUUCAUAGUUCUGUUGUCUAUUUAUUUUAUAUUCAUUUCCUGGUUUCUUUACACUUUCUGUUUUACUGUAAUGGUAUCUUUUUGAAUUAGAGAUAGGGAUUAGGAUUAGAGUAGGGUUAGGGUUAGGGUUAGAUUGGGAUUAGAGUUAAAUUAGGAGUUAGGGUUAUGGUGAGGUUUAAGAAUAGGUUUAGACUAGUGUUAGGGUAGUAGUAGAUUAGUUAAAAAAUUGGGUUAGGAUUAGGGUCAUAAGGGUUAAAAUUAGGCUUUAACAAUAGGAUUAAGAGUUGAGGUAGGAUAAGGGUUUAGGGUAAGAUUAGAGAUAAGAUUUGAAUUAGAUUAUGGAAAGUUAGAGAUUACAUUUUUCUCUACGUGACUCUAUAUUUACGUUUAUCAAAAGUAUCAUUAAAAGUAUCAUUAAAAGUAUUAUUAAAAGUAUCAUUAAAAGAAUCAUUAACAUCUGUAGGGGCUUCUUUCAUGUUCUAGAGAUGUAGAUUUGGGAGUUUUGUAAAAAAACAA